AUGAUUUAUGCAGGAUCGCCAUCCCCUGCACGCCGAUGGUCAACUGCUGCAUAUUUUCUAUGCAAAUUGGGCAUAGGCACUUCUGUCGAUCUCAAUAAACUUGCAAGCCGCCCCUCCUCUUCUACACGUUCCUUGAGAAUAAGCCCAGCUAUAGCCGGCAGUAUGUUCCGAGAACAUAGCAAACAUCCCCUCCUACUUUCGCUGGCUCAGCCUUUACCGCAGCUUGAUGUUCAGUAUGAUGGCUCAAGUCUCCCAAAGGUCAAGCCGCCGACCCCAGCUGCCACUCCUGUUCAUCACUGGGACUCACAAGUCCUACCAAGCUGGCCCGACCCGUAUCACAGUGUAUGGAGGCACAAUAAACUCGACACUAUAUCCAAACAACAUGAAUAUCGGGUAGAGCAUGGGGUGAUCCUGGCCUACCACUGUUCCCCAGGUUCACAUUACCAUGCACCAUUGCCGCUAAGGGACCAUGGCGUUCCGAAUCUCUAUCUUUCUCAAGAAAAAGACCAUUCCCUUGAGUCGACCUCCAUACUUUGCUUCCCACCAUUGAAAUUCUGUCAGCUGAGACGAGUCGACUCAUCCCCAAUGUCCAACGUAGUUGAACAUGUGCCGGGGGCUGAUUCCUCGACAAUGCAAACUGUCAAUCCUGCGUUGGUAUUUCCGUCAGCUUCGACAACUGCUUCUGAGACCUUGGAUUUUACAGCAAGACUCCCCGCGGCCGUUGAAGUUGGUCCUAUACCCCCGCAUACCGGUAUCGCCUCUACUUGGAUGUUUGACCAGCCACAAGAGCAGUCCCAGGUACUCCAUGACACCACGAUGUGUGUAAAUGACCAUUCACUUCUUGACUGCCACGUUAAUAGCAGGCAGCAUGGCCAUAACUUGAAUGUUGAGAACCAGAAAUUUGAUAUGCACGAGCGGAGGUUCAAAUGCAAAAUCAUUGGCUGUAGAAUGGACUUCAAGCGUAAGGGCCACCUCGAGCGCCACACAAGGAGUCACUUAAAAGAAAAGCCCUAUGUUUGCUGGGUGCCUGGAUGCCACCGUACCUUUUCACGCCGCGACAACCGUAAAGUCCAUUGUACGAAGUCACAUACGAGACGCGGUGGUCGCAACCGUUAUAUUGCUACCCUCGACGAGACGAGCCCCGACUAUGAUCCAGAGUUCCGUGGCCAGCUAUCAUUUGAUGGACUCCCACUGAGGUUUCUAGCCCCUAUUAACUCCGUCCCUGUAACUAAGCCUCUGCAACCGUGA